AUGGCAAUGGCAAACAAUAAAACACAAUGUUUCAAAUGCAAGAAAGAAAAAAUAACAUAUCCUUGUGAAGGAUGUUCAAAAAGAUUUUGUUUUACUGAUUUAUCAGAACAUAAACAAAUGUUAAAUGAUGAACUAAAUCAUAUUAUUAAUGAUUGUGAUCAGUUUAAACAAAAAACUAUUGAACAAAAUCCAAAAAAUCAUUCAUUAAUAGAACGAAUUAAUCAAUGGGAAACAAAUUCAAUUGAACAAAUUCAACAAAAAGCCCAAAAAUGUAGAGAAACUGUCAUUAAAUCAUCACAAAGAUUUAUUAAUGAUACUGAAUUGAAACUUAAUGAUUUAAGUGAACAAAUAAAACAAUUUCAUAAAGAAAAUGACUUUAAUGAAAUUAACUUAAACUAUUUAAAAAAUCAACUAAGAAAAAUUACAGAAGAAUUCAGUGAUCCAUCAACGAUUUUUAUUCAACAAAACUCACAAACAUUUAUAAAUGAAAUUUCAAUUAUUUCAUCGAAAAAAUCAAAAUGGAAACAAAAUGCCAUCACUGUGGCUGGCGGAAAUGGAGAAGGACAACAACUAAAUCAACUCCAUUUUCCUCAGGGGAUCUUUAUUGACCAAAAGAAAAAUAUUUUCAUUGUUGAUUGUUAUAAUCAUCGUAUUGUUGAAUGGAAACAUAAUGCAAAAGAAGGACAAAUCGUUGCAGGUGGAAAUGGCAAAGGAAAUCAAAUGAAUCAAUUGAAUAAUCCAACAGAUGUGAUUGUUGAUGAACAAAAUCAUUCGAUCAUCAUUGCUGAUUUUGUGAACCGCCGAGUGAUUCAAUGGAUGAAUCAAAAGCAACAACAAAUUCUCAUUAACAAUAUUGGCUGUCGUGGCUUGGCAAUAGAUAAAUAUGGAUUUUUUUAUGUUUCUGAUUUGGAGAAGAAUGAAGUGAGACGAUGGAAAAUGGGUGAAUACAACAAUGAAGGAAUUGUAGUGGCAGGCGGACAUGGACAAGGAAGUCAACUUAAUCAACUCAAUUAUCCUACUUUCAUCUUUGUUGAUGGAGAUCAAACUGUUUAUGUAUCAGAUAGAGACAAUGAGCGUGUGAUGAAAUGGAGAAAAGGUGCAAAAGAAGGAAAAAUUGUGGCUGGAGGAAAUGGUGAAGGAAGAAAUCUCAAUCAAUUGUCUAAUCCUCAAGGAAUAUUUGUUGAUCAUUUGGGUCAAAUCUAUGUGGCAGAUUUUUGGAAUGAUCGAAUAAUGCGUUGGUGUGAAGGAAAAGAAGAAGGUGAAAUUGUUGUUGGUAGAAAUGGUCUAGGAAAUCAUCCAAAUCAAUUGGAUCUUCCGAUGGGUUUAACUUUUGAUGAUGAAGAAAAUCUUUAUAUUGUUGAUAAUGAAAAUGAUCGAAUUGAAAAGUUAGAAAUAAUCUUGUAA